AUGAUUCUUGAUGAACAAGUCAAUAUUCAACUUGAACCAGGAUCCGAUAACCUGGAACCAUUGACAGAAAAGUAUUUACGACUCUCAUCAAGAGCCACUGUGACGCAUUUGAGAAAGUAUGUUGCUCAGCAAGUUCUUCAUGACAUAUCAAAAUUUCAUGAAAUUGACAUUUUUAUCCAGAAUAAUGAAGAUGGUACUUUUCUUGGUCGUGAUCAUGUAUUGAAAUUUGUUCGUGUUGUUUACUGGAAUGAUGUUGAACCAAUGCCACUUCAAUACCGUUACAGUAGAAUAAUUUAUUAG